CUUCCUUCCCAUCCUGCAUUUUACCGGUCUAACUCCGGAAGUGGAUCCUUUGCCUUCUCGCGUGCUGUUAUCGCCGGCCCUUCCUAACCGCAGCAAUGAAACCUAUCCUGCUUCAGGGCCAUGAGAGGUCGAUUACUCAGAUAAAAUAUAACCGAGAAGGUGACCUGUUGUUCACAGUGGCCAAAGAUCCGAUUGUCAAUGUUUGGUAUUCCGUCAAUGGUGAGAGGCUCGGCACAUAUAAUGGACAUACUGGAGCUGUCUGGUGUGUUGAUGCUGACUGGGACACGAGGCACGUGCUGACUGGUUCUGCAGACAACAGCUGUCGUCUCUGGGACUGCGAAACAGGCAAGCAGCUGGCUCUGGUCAUGACCAACUCCGCCGUCCGAACCUGUGGCUUUGACUUUGGAGGGAACAUCAUCAUGUUUUCCACAGACAAGCAGAUGGGCUACCAGUGUUUCGUCAGCUUCUUUGACCUGCGGGACUCCAGCCAGAUUGAGAAUAACGAGCCCUAUAUGAAGAUUCCAUGCAGUGACUCCAAAAUCACCAGUGCUGUAUGGGGGCCUCUUGGGGAAUUCAUCAUUGUGGGUCAUGAAAACGGAGAACUGAACCAAUUCAGUGCAAAGUCCGGGGAGGUUCUCGUGAAUGUCAAGGAGCACACAAAACAGAUCAAUGACAUCCAGACUUCCCGAGACAUGACCAUGUUUAUCACAGCUUCAAAGGACAACACAGCCAAGCUGUUUGACUCCACAACACUUGGUCACCUAAAGACAUUCCGGACUGAGCGGCCAGUGAAUUCAGCUGCACUGUCCCCCAUCUUUGAUCAUGUGGUGUUAGGUGGUGGCCAGGAAGCCAUGGAUGUGACAACUACUUCCACCAGGAUUGGCAAGUUUGAGGCCAGGUUCUUCCAUUUGGCCUUUGAGGAAGAGUUUGGAAGAGUCAAAGGCCACUUUGGGCCCAUUAACAGUGUUGCUUUCCAUCCUGAUGGAAAGAGCUACAGCAGCGGGGGCGAGGACGGCUAUGUCCGCAUCCAUUAUUUUGAUCCUCAGUACUUCGAGUUUGAGUUUGAAGCUUGAACUGGCUCCCUCCUCUUCCCUCCCCCCUUUUCUGCAAUUGCCUUUCUGAGCUCUUUAAUGUCCUCAUUGCCUGAAGUUGUGUUUAUUCUGGAGAGAGGCCUGGUGUAGCCACCUGAAGUGAAGCAGAGGGCGCUCCACCGGCAGCUGCUGCUUGUAGCCUGGCCGAGCUCUCUGCCUUCUCUCAGGGACUGCAGUUUUCAUAGUCAUUUUGUCAUAUUUAUAGAAUUAAUACAAAAGAAAGUAAUAAACACAAUUUCCUCAACCAGAA